AUGACAACAAGUAGAAUACCAUCAGAUUAUUAUACAUCUGAUGAAUUUACAUAUAGAAAUAAUAAAAAUGGUGUUAUUACAAAUAAAACAAGAAAUGGAAGUUAUAAUAUUGUUGAAAAAGAUUAUGGUGAUCAUAAAGUUAUUUAUCAUAUUCCAAUUGAAUAUGGUGAUGAUUAUGAUAUAUCAGAACUUGAAAAUAUGUCAACGGUUGAAGAAGAACAAUCACAACAAAAACAUAAUUCACCAAAAUUAAUACGACGUCGAAUUAUUCAUCAAUAUAGUGAUUUUGAUAAUGAUAAUGAUUAUGAAUAUGUUGAAGAAGUACCAACGAUAACGCCUCGUAAUCGUAUAUAUGUUUCACCAAGACGACAAAGAGAUACACAAGUUGUCAAACACAUUUAUCAACCACCACCAGCAUCUGAGACAAUAGAAUAUGUUUAUGAAGAUGAUUAUCCAGAUGAUUACGAUUAUAGAUUAGAAAAUGAAGAACAAGUCGAAUAUAUUGUAAGAGAUCGUGUUCCACAACAAAGAUAUAUGGAAGAACCUCAACCUAUACGACGUAUUGUCUAUGCCCAAGAUCCUUCUGUACCUCUUUCAUCCUCAAGACCUGAUCCACCAUUUCUUUCUCCUCCUUCACCUGUUCGUUCUCCCUAUCAACCAUCUCCUCGUCCAUUUAUCACUCAAAAAUCACCAACACAAGUUCUUACCAAACCAAUUCGUCGAAAUGAACUAUCUCCACCACCAUCAAGUAGAAAACAACAAACUGCUCGAUCACCACCAAUUCUUGAAUCAUCAGUCAAACCGAAUAUUCCAAAAUCUACUGAACCACCUUUACGUUUAAUGGAUGUUAUUGCACAAAAUCGAGCAAAGCGAGGUUCACGUAUACCGAAGCCAAAACGUGAAGUCGACGAAGAAAAAGUUUAUGAUCCACCAACAUAUAAUAGAAACAUUAUUAAAAACGGUUUUAUUGUUCAUAAAUAG